AUUUGGAUUCCACAGCGCCAGCGACGUUUUUGACCUGUCGCUUGCUUUGUGACUGAUCGCCGACCUAUUCUUGCUUUAAUGAUACAAUUUCAUGUGUAAUGACUGACAGACGAAGAAUCAAUGGGCCGCCCAGCGGCACGAGGCCUGCGGUCUUUGCCUCGCUACUCAAGUCCGCCUCGGGCGCUCCUACAGAAAGACCGCAGCGUCAGAGACAAUCUAAUGAAUUACGAAAAAUCUUCUUGAAAACCGGUCUUAUCCCCACUGCCUCCGGUUCCUCCUACGUCGAAUUCGAACCUUCAGCUUCUCUCGCCGCCGCACGCUCAUCCCCCAAAUCCUUGGUUCCUCCUUCAUCAGCUUUGAAGUUAGCCUGUACUGUCCACGGCCCUAAGCCGCUCCCACGCUCUGCUACUUUCUCCCCGAACCUUGUUCUCACGACUCAUGUCAAAUACGCCCCAUUUGCUGCCCGCAAGAGGAAAGGACAUAUUCGCGACGCCAGCGAACGGGAUCUUGGUGUUCAUCUGGAGACAGCUUUGAGGGGUGUUAUUAUCGCGGAGCGCUGGCCAAAGAGUGGACUGGAUAUCACGAUCACGAUUUUGGAGGCAGAGGAUGACCGCUGGUGCGGGGAUGCGCCUGACUCCCAUGAUGCAUCGUGGGGCAUGAUGAAUGUCCUGGCAGGAUGCAUUACUGCAGCUUCUGCAGCGAUUUCAGACGCUCGGAUCGACUGUCUUGACCUUGUGGCAGGCGGUGUCGCAGCUCUUGUCUCGGAUGACUCCAGUGAAGACGACACUUCCAAACCGAAGCUGAUGAUAGACACAGACCCAGCAGAGCACCGGUCAAUUGUGUCGGCGUGUGUUGUUGCAUAUAUGCCGUCUCGGGAUGAGAUCACGGAGCUUUGGCUCAAGGGCGACAGUUCCAAGGCAUCACCGGGUGCUGAUGAUAAGCGAACGGGCCACGAAGCCCUGAUAGAUGGAGCGGUGGAUGCAGCUCGAGGAGCACAUUCAGUACUGGCAGAGGCUGUAAGGGAAUCCGCAGAGCGGUUCAUCAGCCAGGCAGUGAGUGGAGUUUCAACGCAAUGAUAUCAAAAAUGAGGAUAUAAUGCCAUUGUCUAUUAGAUUAUGUUUAUUGUUGCUUUUAUUAGCAUGGAAUACAAAUGGGCUUGAGUGGUUUUUAGCUUAUGAACGUAGCAGUGCAAAGCAGGCCAUUGUUCUAUCAGUGAAUGAAAGAUAGCAGCUCUACGACAC